UGCCAGUCCGAGCGGAAGUUCCCUGAACCUGUGUGAGAUGCUGCCAUGCUGUUCUUGACACAGACUUGAAGAAACAGUUUGGACCGUAUGAGCUCUUGCUGCACGGUGUUAGAGAGUUGCUGAGUCAUGAUGCUGGAGAGGAGCAGGGUGACGCUGCUCGCGGAGAUCUUCUUCAGCAGGAAGCUGGAGGAGGAAGAGGAGGACGAGGAGGAGGAGAGGAUCCACUGCCUAUGCUCCAGAGCCUUCGUGCAGGACCGGGAGCUGUACCGCUCUGACAACAGACUGCUCUCCUUUGAUGUGACCAGCACAGUCCAAGAGGCAGAUGAUGGAGAGGAGGAGGAGGAGGAGGAGGAGGAGGAGGAGGAGGAGGAGGAGGAGGAGGAGGCUCAGCUGAUGGCGAACAUGGGUCUGCCCCUUGCCUUUGGAAGCUCCUCUAAGCAGAGGAGAGGGGGGAGGAGGUCCAACAGGAAGCCUGCCACAUGUUGGGAAGAAUCCACUGAAGAGGAGGGAGAUCUACAAAUUAACAACAAAGUGGCAGUGUGUGAUUCAAUGAAGGAAACCACUGAAGAGACCCAGGCUGCUGGCUGGGAAGCAUACUGGGCUGAACAGGGUGAAGCUCUGCUGUGGAGCAGCUGGUUGGAGAAGCUUCCAGAGACUGACCCAGGAGCAGGGACUGCUCCUUGGGAUGACCCACACUCUAAAGCUGCCUGGGACACACACGCUGCAGAGACAUACUACUCAUACUGGGACCAGUACUCAUACUGGGCAGCACAGGGCUGGAGUGCAGAGCAGCCUGCCUGGGAGGGGAACACUGGGGGGGUGGGGGGCACAGAGACAGAGGGAGGGAGGGAUGGACAGACUGAGGACCAGCAGAGAGCAGAGGAAGAGGAGGCUCUUCGUGAUGACGCUGAGGGUUUAAAGGAUCUGUUUGCACACAGCUGCACGUUAGGUGUGAGAUCAGUGAGUGACUCAGAGGCGGCGGAGUGUGUGAGUGUGUGUGACAUCAGACAGCAGUCAGAGAGAGAGCUCUGUGUCUCUGAUCGUCCUUCUGAUGGGGGGAGUGAUCACAGGAGACAUGCUGCCUCCUCACAGGGACACACAGCUCAACAAACAGUUUUUGCCUCAGAUUCCCAGCAUGCCCCUGGCGGCGCUGACAGACAGAGCAGCAACAGGAAAGCAACGUCAAAUGGAGAAGAUGAUGAUGAACAUCACAAACCCCCAGGAGGAGGAGGGGCUGAGGUCAAACGCAGUCAUGAGCUGGAUGUGGAGGAGAGCCCGAACCUGACCCCUGAGGAAGCCUGGAGUAAACUGGGCCUUAAACACAACCCUGAGCCUCUGUUCCAAAGCGUGUUGAGCUUCAGAGGCGGCGCUGCUCAGAAGCGUCCGAGGCAGUGGCUCACUAAAGGAGCAGUCCGCAGCGUCAACAAACACACCAGGUUCUCUGAGGCGGGGGCGGACCACACACCGCCACAGAACAGAACCGCCCUCCACAAGGUGAAAAACUUCCUUGAAAAGAACAGGAAAGAGACUCAGGUGACUCCAUGUGACCGAUGCGAGAUGGGAGGAGGGUGCACACAGGAAGCAAGAGCUGAGGGAGGAGACAAGGAGGCUGAGGAAGGAGAUAAGGAAGCUGAGGAAGGAGAUAAAGAGGCUGUAGAAGAAAAGGAAGAAGGUAGUUUAGAUUUGAUAUCCAGUUUGGAUGCAGAGAAAACCCUCACCUGUGGGACUGUAGAGAGUGAGAGGGAGGAGGAGCAGCCCGACAAAUCCUUAACAUGUCUGGAAAUCCCUGAUCGUCUCAUGGCUGAUGCUCCUGAAGGCAACACUGAGUCGGCUGUGAGAAACAAGAAGAAUAAGAAGAAUAGGAAGAGACAGCGAGGCAGGAAGCAGCCGGUGCCGGCAGAGAUGACCGCCGAGCCGCAGCUGGCCAAAUACUGGGCCCAGCGCUACAGACUGUUCUCUCGCUUCGACGAGGGCAUCCGGCUGGACCGAGAGGGCUGGUUCUCUGUGACCCCGGAGAGGAUCGCCGAACACAUCGCCCUCCGGGUGGAGCACAGCUUCCCCGACUCUCAGCUGAUCAUUGACGCCUUCUGUGGAGUGGGAGGAAACGCCAUCCAGUUCGCCCUCGCUGGAAAGAGAGUCCUGGCCAUCGAUAUCGACCCGGUGCGGCUGGACUUGGCGCGCCACAACGCUGUGGUUUACAACGUCGCCGACAGAAUCGACUUUGUGCAGGGGGACUUCCUCGAGCUGGCGCCCCAUCUCCUUGGAGAUGUGGUCUUCCUCUCACCACCGUGGGGGGGGCCGGACUACCUGACUGCAGAGGUGUUUGACAUCGAGACCAUGAUGCAACCUGAUGGAUUUCAGAUUUUCCGCCUGGCCAAACUGAUAUCAGACAACAUCGUGUACUUCCUGCCUCGCAAUGCUGACAUGGAUCAGAUCGCCUCUCUGGCUGGUGCCGGAGGGAAGGUGGAGGUGGAGCAGAACAUCCUGAACAACAAGCUGAAGACUUUGACGGCUUACUUUGGCAGCUUGAUAAAGUCCGACAGCGACUGAUGGACCAAACAGGAUUUACUCUUCCUCUUAAUGAAAAAGGGACAAAAGUGAACUUCUAAUCUGUUUCUCGAUGUCACUAGGAAUCCAUUGAAGUACUAAAAAGUACAACCAUUGAAUUCGUUUUUAUACUUUUUGUCAUUACACUUUGGGAUAUGCAAGUCAGAAAAAUAGACUAAUUAUAUAUUUUAAUUGUAUCAUUUUUGUAAUGUACAUUAGAGCUAAUAAAUGUUUUUUUUUUAGAAUUUU